AGUCCGUGAACGCAGCGGAGUUCCUGUGAGCGGAGGCUUUUUCUCCUCCUGUCAUCGCCAUUGUGUGGCAGAGUCUCCGGGAGCGAGCACCGCUGUUUUUCUGCUGCCGACGGGACUGUUUAAAUACCCCCCAUGUUUCUCUUUACACCCCCGGCGGACCUGGAUGCGAUAUAUGUUCAGUAAAGGUGCGAAGCGAAAGCUGGAUGAGGAUGAAGAGGGUGUGGAAGGCAAAACGAUGGAGGGGUCGCUGGCGGGGGGAGGGCUAGAAAAUUGCCCCGAGGGUCUCUCUAAGGUGUCGUACACCCUACAGCGACAGACCAUCUUCAACAUCUCCCUGAUGAAGCUGUACAGCCAGCGACCGCUCGCCGAGCCCCGGCUGGAGCGGCGGGUCCUCAUCAACAACAUGCUCCGGCGCAUCCAGGAGGAGCUCAAACAGGAGGGCUCCCUGCGGCCGCUGUUCCUGCCCCCCUCGCCCCCGCCCGACGACCCCAUGGAUGAGGGCUUCCGUGAGGCUCCGCCAUCGUUCGGGAAUUUUUCAGUGGCAGCGCCGUCAUCCCAGCCUUCACCUGUGUUGAUGCCGGCGAUGGCCCCGCCGCUUUCGCCCCACCCAAUGGUGCCUCCCAACUGCCAGGCACCCCCAGCCUGCCCCCCUCACGUUGAAGCCAGCGCCGCCCCUUUGGAAGCCUGCCUCACGCCGGCCUCAUUGCUGGAGGAGGACGGUGGAGAUCCUGCCUUCUGUACCCCCUCCCCACCAACUCCUCCCUUGUCCCCACCCCCGCCUCCUCCCGCAGCGCUCCUGGGCUCGUCAUCCUCCCUCUCACCUGUGCUUGUUUCAUCGAAUGACACUUUCUGCUCCGACAGAAUGGACUUGGCCCCUUCCACAGCCAUAACGAGGACUGCAGCUAAUACUACGACCAUGUCUACCUCCCCCGCAACUACCCAGAUCCCUCAGCUGGCGCCCCCCUCCGAAACGCCCCCAGUCAGAGACUUGAGGACCAUGGGAGUUAAACCAGAGGCGGCGGCAGCGGUUUUCCUCGUAGAGAGCCGCCAUGCGGAGUUUCGGCAGAUGGACGUUGUACCCGCAGUGACCCCUUCUGGUUUAGCCGACACCGCCCCCUCCCACUCUGCCUCCCCCUCCUCGUCCUCGGGGUUCCUCUCAGACUUGGCACUGGAUGAUGUCCUGUUUGCUGACAUUGACACGUCCAUGUAUGACUUUGACACCUGCACAGCGACGGGAGCCACGGGCGCCGCCACAGCGGCUGGCCUCGCCAAACGAGCACCAGACGACCUCCUCAAAUCACUGACGUCGCCGUACAGUGGCCCCGCCCCCCAAGUUUCAGCCAAUCAGCCUUUCAAAAUUGAUCUGACAGAACUGGACCACAUAAUGGAGGUGCUGGUGGGUUCAUGACUGGUUUCAAAAAUCUCUGAAUAUUUUUGGACAAACCGAACUGGAAAUUUGGGAAUAUUUCUGACUUUUCUGGUUCCACUUGUGAUUAUGUGAUUUUUGAUUUUAGAUGUCUCCUUUAAAAAAAAAAAACUCUUUAAAGGUCAAUAAUUGUAAACAUCAAAUGUGAUGUCAGUUCUGCAAUGACAACUACUACACAACACUGUGCAUGCUCUGUGCUCGCCUUUACACACACAUGAAAAUAAUGGGCCGACAAACACAAACACACAAAUGACUUGUACAUAUGAUGAUCGAGUACUUUAUCAAUUCCCAUCUUUUGUUGCCCUAAAGUUAAUCCACUUUCUAAACUUUAACCUAAGCCUUAACCAUAAAAGUAAUUGUAAAAAAAAAAAAACUUUUAUUUUUUAUUUUAAAAUUUGUUUGUAAUCAAACCAUAAUGUUGGGAACAUGUCACAGGUAAAGAGAGGCACACUCUCUGUAAUUUAGGCUCUCAGCAAAGCAAGUGCCUUUCAGACGACCACUUGUUCACUUCCUGUUUGUGCAGCAUCGUCUUUCAGUUUAACUUUAGCCGUCUAGACAGGUCAAUCCUCUGUGUUUGUUUUAAUUUAAUGCACAGUAAUAAAUCAGUUAAGGUUAUUUCAUACGAUCAAAUGAUAGUUAUUUAAUAUUGUAUUUUAUUUCCAAUGUUUUUAGAUAUAAAGCAAAUUUUAAAAUUGUUGUACUGAUCUUCAGGAUUAACUUUUUAGGCCUAAAAUGAUUGUUAGUGGUUAUUUGUUUUACAGGUGAAACUUUUUUUACAGGUGAGACAUUUUUUUUCUGUUUGCAAAUUUAGUCGAGGACCUUCUUUCUCUCCAGGCCUUAUUGGUAUGCUCAAACUUCCAGUCACUGUUUUACAUCAGCUUGGUCAUGUGAGCUGGUUAUCAGUCUCCACUACAGUGCAAUUCAAAUGAGCCACGAAAAGCGAGGAGGUCCACUCAUGAAAACCCUGUGAGAGGUUUGGUCCAGCUGAAGAAUGCUAAACAAGAAGGUUCUGAUCGUCAAAGAUUAUUUUAUUAAAAAAACAAAUAAUUCAUGAUUAAGCCUUAAGAUUCUACUAAUUAAAAAAUAGUUUAGCAAUUUUUAAAGAAAUUCUAAACUAAAAAGUGAAAUUAGCACAACCUUUUUGCUGACGACUGCGUGUUCUUUGUGGAAAUAUUGCUCGUUUUCUUGUUUUUAACUCAAAUUAUUUAUUCCUUUUUUGUCUUGUUUGUGUAAAUAUAUUUAUUUUGAUGUGAAAUGAGUAAAUGGAUUGUAAAGGUGUGUACAUAAUGUGUGGUAGGAAUGUACCUAAAUAGGAAUGUAUCCAAGUGUGGAAUUAUGGGUGGAAGCCAUUUUUUUUAAUAUAUAUAUAAACAAAUGUAGUCUUCUUUAUCCCUCAGUUACUUUUUGAUUGUUUUCUUCUUUUUUAAGUUGGAUGAUGACAUUUUAUAUCUUUUAUACUUUGAAAUAUUUUUCAGUUGAGGUCAAACAGUUCACACAGCAAUAUCCGGGAAGCCUGUUUCCAACCUUCACCUUUCAAGAUUCCAAAGCCCGUCACGGACGCUUCAAUGCCAAAAGUACACAGUAUGAACAAGUCCCCACGACUUCAGUGUUCAACGCUGCGCUGGUGUUAGCGCUGUCUGAGCAAGGCAGCAGAUGAGGACCGAGUGCACGUCCUCCAUCAGCUGUAUUUUAUGCAGACCUCCGAGCUGUGCCUUUUUCUAUGCAACACAAAGACAGUGUGAGAUUGCUUGUCACUGUAGGGGUUAUAUACAUAUAUAUAUAAAUAUAUUACCAUGCUAGUCAAGAUCUUGUAUACGUACCACAGUUUUCAAGCAAGUGGGAUUCUAUAAGCUUUUGACUAGAACUGUAAAUAAAUGACCAUCUGUAUAUGAAUUUCUGAAUUUGAAGCAGUCUUACUUUUGUAAUUUGUGAACACUUGUGAGACAAAGAAACAAUAAACUGUAUUAAGUAUCA